AUCUUCUGUUUAUUGUCGUGUGCUGCUAUCGUGGCUGCUGCUUCUAACGCGCCUUCUCUUACCGCAUCGCCCUCCACGCCAUCCACUUCUAUCAAGUCUGCUUAUAACGCAGCUGAUCAUCCCAGAGACCCUCCCGUCCGCAGCACCCCACACACCACACGUUCUGCGUUUAGAUUGAGUCGAACGGUUUGGCCCCGAAUGCAUCUAAACCGCACUCUUAGAAGAAGCGUCAAUCUAGUACACUCACCUCUUAGACGCGUCAGCUGCGGCAGAAGCAUUAGAAGCAGCAACAGCAGUUUCGAGCGUUCAAGAAGAGUGAUGCACGCCAGGGUUGAGCAGCCCAUCAGCUCCCGUCCAACCACUGUUAAACUCAAGCUCAGCAACGUUGCUCCCACUGCCACUCCCCCGAGCAGCACUAGCAGCAACAGCAGUUUCGAGCGUUCAAGAAGAGUGAUGCAAGCCAGGGUUAAGCAGCCCAUCACCUCCGAUCCAACCACUAUCAGGCUCCGGCCCAAUAACGUUGCUCCCACUGCCACUCGCUCUCCCAGCCAAUUGCCAGUCAUCCCGUCAGACUUGGGCCCAGAAAUAAUAUCCUAUUGCGGGCAGGGUGUUUGCGCAAAGAACCCCAAGUGGUGCGGGGUAAUGAACAACCCUAUCCGCAUCUACCUCGUGUGGUACGGAAGCUUCUCGGACACCCAGAACCUUCUGCGAACUUUCAUCCACUCCUUCAGCAGCACUGAAGGCACAGUCGCUGACUGGUGGAGAACCAACACCCUUUAUUACGACUGCUCCGGCCGCUACGUCUCCUCUUCUGUAAUUUUAGCAAAGGAGCACCACGUGAGGCGGCCUCUCAGGCUGCUGUUUGGGCUCAAUUCGAUAAGGCGGGUGGUAAACAAGAGGGUGAAGGGCGGCUCUUUCCCCCUGGAUGAGGAUGGGGUUUACUUUGUGAUCGGCGAUGGGAGUGUGGCUCAGCGGGACAACCAAGGCGGCAUGUGCAGCGCCUACUGCGGCUGGCACGACUUUGUGCGGAUUCGGAAGAAGCUAAUCAAAGUGGCUUAUGUGGGCAGCCCAGUGAAGGUGGUGGGUAUCUCGUGGUUUGAAAAGGCUGCAGUUUGGGCUCAGGGCGACCUGCUGGGUGAUAAAGAAGAGGGUGAAGGUUGGCAUUUUGAGAAUUCUCAAAAGGUUGGCAUGUUUCCCUUUGAUGAGGAUGGAGUUUACUUUGUGAUCGGCGAUGGGAGUGUGGCUCAGGUGCCGUGGUGUAAUGCCCCAGCAGCUGCUGGAUGGCUGCCUUUGCAUUCAACAGCAGCCCCAACAGGGAUAAGCCGUUUGACUCGUUCCCAUCCACCUUCUUGCACAAUCAUCCCUUCCCUGCCCCCAAAUCCCCCCUUCCAUUCCCCCCCAUAUCCAUCCCGCCAGUGCCCCAGCAGCUGCUGGAUGGCUGCCUUUGCAUUCAAUGGCAGCCCGAACGGCGAUCGGUCGUUUGACUCGCUGCUCUCCACGUUUGCUCACGAGCUGGCAGAGGCCACGAGUGAUCCCUAUGUCACCAAUUGGUACGACGCUGCUGGGCAGGAGAACGCCGACAUAUGUGCCUGGAAGUGA